CUACAACGUCUAAAGCACAGCACCAGAGGAAGAGUCAUCAUCUACCAUAAACAUUGAUGCACUGAGGCUGUUAUAUCAAAAGGCACCUGAGAUCAUUAAAUUGUAUCUUAGUAUUAAGAAUGCUGAAAAUCAAGCAGAAGCAGCAGCUUAAGAAAUUUAAGCAGCAGCAGAGGAACAUGCAAAAAAUGGCUGGAAAAGCCCAGUUAGAUCCUCACGGACAAGGAGCACCAUUUUCUUCACUCCCUUAUUUGCCUGAUUGUCGUUUUCCUCAGCAGUCUCAACAGAAGCGUGUGCAUUCUGGAACAAGAUCACCAGCACCAAGUGCUUCUCCCCUUCUUGCUUCAAUCAGACCAUGCCAUAAUCCCAUGCUGCAACAGUGUGGGCUUAUACACACAAUGCCAGAUAUGUCACUCAGUCACACCAAGCUGAUGCCAAGUGCAUUUCUAGAGGGAGGAGUCAGGCAGUCUAUUCUUGGGCCUCCUCCUAUAGGUGUUCCCUGCAUGAACUUUGCGGCUGAUCGUUGUCCCCACCCAUGUGGAUCACAUAUCAGUAGGGAGCCUACAGUGCAGAGCCUAGACAGAAAGAAGGAGAAUGUGCUGGGAAAUUCCAUUGCUGGGAAAAGUCCUGGACAGACGAGAAAAAUGAACACUGAUUCAAACAUCGGAAAAGUGGUUCCUUCUCAUGCCCCAAAUAAACCCAAUGGUACAGUUGGACAAAUUCAUUCUGCUGUCCCAGAACAAGCAGAGCCCCCUUUGAAAAAGCACAGAGGUCAAAGGCCUGUUGGACUGGGGGAAGAGUCUGGUAAAGGAGAUAGGAUACAGCAGACACAAAAAUCAAACUCUCCAAGUGUUUCAGACCAUGAAGAGGAUGAUAACGGUUCUGCACAGCUUGAAGAAGACAGUGUUGAUCAGAACAGAGCAGCAGAGGUGCAGGGUGUUGGCACGUCUCUGAAGGUGACUAUCCAGCGUAGCAGUGAGAGUCGAGCCUUCAGCACUUCACCUGAGGAGAUGGCAGCGGGUGCAGGCCAUGAUGACGAGAAAGAGAGAAGCAAACACAAAGUCAAAUUCUCCUGCUACAUUUGCAACAUCACCUGUCCUGACCAGCAAGGAUUCCAGACUCACAUGAUCAGUUUAGAUCAUCAGCAACGUAUGAUGGAAAUCCAGCAUGCGAGUAACACCUGUCUGGCCACACUGUUACCACAAACCCAGGAGUCCCUGCAGGGAACAAACAGAGAGAGGAGGAUGGGUCAUCAGCGCUGGUGUCCUACCUGUCAGUGUCGUUUUUCUGGUGACCUCAUUGAGCACAGACGAACAAAGAAACACAAGAUGUCAAAAGUGUCUUCGAGACCUUUCUGUACCCUGUGUGAGCGCCACUUUAGGACCCCUCGCAAGUUUGUUGAACAUAUGAAGUCUUCUGGCCACAAACAGAGGGUUGAGGAGUUAAGAAACGAGGGCGGCCCAGAGGUUAUGGAGGAGCUCAUAACUGUGGAUGCUAUUGGCUGCUUUGAAGGGGAAGAUGAUUAUGAGGAGGAUAGAAAUGAAGAGGAGGUUGCAGUGUUUGACAGGCAUCCUGCUCAUAGGGAGAUUGCUCUCGAAGAGACAACUUAUAAUGAGACAUAUGAUCCAGACACACAAUAUGGCACUAGUUUUGUGGUGCCUGUCGCUGGUUUCCUCUGUAAGCUCUGUCAUAAAUUCUACCACUUUGAGUCAUCUGCACGGGAAACUCACUGCAGGUCUCUCAUGCACUUCCAGAACUUGCAGAAGCAUAACACCCCGAAGAUGCAGAAGAACUGUGAGAGUGAUGCCUCAUGUAGUAGCCCAAUGGUGGACCCUCGAGGCCUGGAGCUCAUUGCUUCCUGUGCCAAUAAAACCAUGGUUUCUGACAGCAGCCAAGCAGAUCUCAACAGAUCACACAUCAAUUCCUCAAGGGACCACUUACACCCGAGGAAACUUAAACCAUCUAAAAGAGCGCACAAAUCCAAGACUUCACGCUCAAAAACUUCUGUAGCUCCAAAGAAACCUUUCGUGGUCAUGAAGCACCUAAUAUGUACUCCACAUUUUGGCUCGAGGUCAAGCCAAGAGUCACUCUGCCAAGAAAGGAAUAGGCUUGACUCGAGUGUUCAACUACGGCAAACAGAGUCCGGUGAAAAAGAAAAGACAUCCUUUGACCCUCUGCAUUACUCAGAAGAGCAAGAAAAUGUGAACGCAACACCUAUAUUCAGUUUGUGUCAUGCAUCACAGUUGAACUCAGAAGAGAAUGUUGUAAAACCAAUUGAGGUUAAAGAGACCGUCAGCAAAGACCAAACAAAGAAUACCCUUCAUGCUUUUAAGAGUCCAAGUGUUUCUGUGAAGAAAACCUGAGAGAAAUAAAUAAAUCAGUUGUAAUUAUUGUAAAAUAAAUGUUUAUGUAAAUU